ACUAAAGAAGAAGAAGAACCGGAAGCAGUCGUUCGUACGUUGCUGCUAACUCGCUAACGUCUCAUGUUGAACUCUGUCGAGCAGUUAAAAUGAACAAACUGAAUAAACCUCAGGAGUUUGACUCGUAUGAGAUCGAGGAGCCGAGUGAUGAGGAGCGAGCUGAGAGCAGUUCGGAGGAUGAGCUGGACAUUCUGCUGAACGGGACGCCGCAGCAGAAGAAGAAGCUGAUCAGAGAGUAUCUGACGGGGGAGAGCGAGUCGUCCAGCGGGGAUGAGUUCGAGAAGGAGAUGGAGGCGGAGCUCAGCUCCACCAUGAAGACCAUGGAGGGAACCUGGGCGCCAUCGUCAGCAGAAACCUCAGGAGGAGGAGGAGGAGGAGGAGGUGGUCCUGGACUUCCUAACCCUCAGGUGUAUGAUGAGGUGUAUUUUGACUCUGACUCAGAGGGGGAGGACACACCAGGCAGCUCCACCAGCCGGAGGCAGAGACAGCGGGUCAAAAUGACCAAUGACGAGCUGCUGUACGACCCCGACGAGGACGACAGGGACCAGGCCUGGGUGGACGCCAGGAGACAGUUUAACAGAAAGCCAACAGCUGCAGGUUCUCGCUCGCAGCCUCGUCAGUCUCAGGGUUUACCGAGCAGCGACGCCGUCCUCAACUGUCCCGCCUGCAUGACGACUCUCUGCCUGGACUGUCAGAGGCAUGAGAAGUACCGGACGCAGUAUCGCGCCAUGUUUGUCAUGAACUGCGCGGUGAAGAGAGACGAGGUGCUGCGCUACAAAACCCAGACGGAGCUGAAACAGAGGAGGAGGAAGAGGAGGAGGGGACAGAGAACAGACACGCCGCUGGACAAGACUCCCGACCCGACGCCGGCGGGGAUGGACGCUGAUGAGAUUUACCACCCGGUGCAGUGCACAGAGUGCUCCACUGAGGUGGCCGUGUUCGACAAAGACGAGGUCUACCACUUCUUCAACAUCCUGGCCAGCCACUGCUGAGACAGACACGCAGACUGUUUGUUUUAUUUCAUGGGUUUGUCUCUGAGUCUUCAGCUCACAGCAGCUUUAUCAGAAGGAUGAUGACUGCUUCUCUCUGACUGGAAGGGAGGAAUAGCUCUGUGGUCGCUCUGAGUGAACCAGACUCAGCUCAUAAACACUCUGAAAUAACAACGUGUUUGGUCACUUCACUUAAUGAGGAGAGAAAACUGCAGCAUGUUGUCUGUCUAUGACAUUUUUUAUCUCCCUUUAAUGUCUCACGAAAACUGGAAUCUGAGACCAGUGUUGCAGCGCCGAUGAUCCGUACUGGACUGAACACACAGCAGCUUGAAUUUUGAGACCGAUAUGGGUAUAAAUAUUUGAGAAUUAAAAGGCUGGUUAGCAACA